CUUCUAAGUAGUAGAUCGAGACUGGAGAGGCAAAUUGUGUAUUUACGUCCAGAAACGUUUUGAAAAUAUCGCCGUAUAACGUUUUAAGUAAAUUCAAAUCAUGGGCUGAACUGGAGUAAAACUUCCCGGGAAUUGACGUAGUCCAUGAGUCAAAACUUCUUUUCGUUCAUUACUUGCAGUCACGCUAAAGCGGCUUAACUCGGAAGUCCAUCAAUUCAAGGAAGUUUCAGAAGUUAUAGAAAGAAUCAAAAUGUGACAAUAACUUCAGUUUUACAGUGUUGGAGAUCCUAAUUUCGGACAUGGAUGUAACACGUCUGUUUAACGUACUGUUCACCUCAUUUUCAACGUUGUUCAUGUUUGAUUCGUCGCAAACAGAACUUGUAAAAGUUGAAAUUGAUUUACAAAAAAUUCAAUACAAAGUCAGCGAUGAGUUUUUGAGUGUCGGAUUGGAAUCGGAGGGUGCAGUGAAAUUAUUACCAGACAGUUCCCCAAAGUUACUGGCUUUGACCAGAGGGCUCUCACCAGCAUACCUGAGGAUAGGUGGCACCAGUGCUGAUUUCCUUAUAUUUGACAAUACAAGGACUGACAGAGAAGUUUAUCCAUUCAGGAGAAAUGAUGUCCUCGAUGUUGAUGAUAUCUUUGAUGAUGAUGUUUUGUUUGAAAGCAGGGCAUUUGCAAAUAAAAAGAAAGUUCAUAAAAAUUACACCAUGACAGGCGACUGUUUCGAUGCUAUCUACAAAUUCUCAAAACAAUCAGGAUACAAGAUGUUAUUUGAUCUGAAUGUACUAUUACGUAAGGGAGCUAACUGGGAUCCAACCAAUGCAAAGAUGUUAUUUGACCAUGUUCAAGCUAGAGGAUAUGAUAUAGACUGGCAGCUGGGUAAUGAGCCAGACUUGUUUCAAGAACCCUAUAUCCUGACUGGGAAACAGAUUGAGCCCAAUGCAUUCAAACAUGCAUUAAAUCGCACUGUAUCAGCUGCUCAACUUGGCCUGGAUUUUGUGACCCUUCGACAGAUUUUGUCUUCGUACUCAAAGUAUAGGCAGAGUUUACUUGUUGGCCCAGAUAUUACAAGGCCAGACAAAACGAGGCCUGUUGAAUAUUUACUUGAGUUUUUAGAGACUGCCAAGGAUUCUAUUGAUGUUGUGACUUGGCACCAUUACUACUCUAAUGGCAGGACAGCAGUCGUUGAUAAUUUCACCGACCCCCACCUAUUAGACAGACUAGAGAAAGAUAUAGCUACAGUGCAGGACAUUGUCAGCAAACAUGCCCCUCAGAAGAAAAAAUGGCUAGGGGAAACAAGCUCGAUGUAUGGAGGCGGAGCCAAGGAUUUGAGUGACAGAUACGUUGCUGGAUUUAUGUGGUUGGAUAAACUAGGCCUUAUGGCUAAGUCUGGCUAUGAUGUAGUUAUACGCUGGUCACUACUCAGAGGCAACUACGGUCUCAUUGACAAGAAUCUCAACCCAAACCCUGACUACUGGUUAUCGUUUGUGUACAAACAAUUUGUGGGCCCUCAAGUGUUACAAGUGAAUGCUACAGUAUUUACAGACUCCAAUGGUAAACAUCAGCGCCUGCGAGUAUACGCUCACUGCACGCACCCCAAGAGUCGCUACCCGAGGGGAGCAGUAACAAUUUUUGUGCUCAACCUGUACACUAGUGCUGCUACCUUCAGUGUGCCACGUGUACUAAAUAGGUCUGCAAUACAUGAAUACCUAAUGACCCCUGGACCUGGGGGGCUUAGCUCAGAGUAUGUUAAGAUGAAUGGCCAAGUGUUGCAGAUGCUAGACGAGCAAACAUUCCCAACGUUGAACCCAAAGAUUUAUCCACCUGGGAAAAUCCAGACCAUGCCGAGCAGAACAUUUGGAUUCUAUGUCUUCCCUGGUGCAAAUGCUAGAGCUUGUUUAUAGUCCAGGUGCUACAAUACACAAUUGGAAUAAUAUUAAAUACAUAUAAACACUCUAUGCAGGGUGAUCAAUGCUACACCCCCAAUCCGAACUCUGAAAUGACAAUGGGUGCCGUACCGUACGGUACAUUAAGAUUAUGGUACCGUACUGUACCGUUGGAGAUUGACUGUCCAUGUAUAGCGUUAAAAUCUUCCUUAGUAAACACCUCUUUCUAGUGAAC